AUGCGGACCAGCAAGCGCGGCGGCGCAGGUCACGGGGACAGGGGCUACGCGCCGGCACAGGCGCGGGCUUCUGGUUUGCCACCGCUCCCAACGAAAAAGACACCACCUCCACCAGGGGUGCCUUCACCAUGUCGCUUGAGCCCAAGUCCAUAUCAAAGCAUGACCAGGCAUUCCAGCUCCACCUCUGCCUUGCCGUGCAUGCGCAAAGGCAAACUGGUGCCACUGCAUCCAGUGAAGCGAGGCGACGCAAUUGCCGCGCGAACAGAGGACAUGGCAUCAACCGAGCCGAGCCGAGCAAUGGGCCAAGCCUCCUCUGCCGUACUGGACCUGGCUCGCAUGGCCGAGGAGGUCCUCCGCGUGGGCGCCUGGUCUGUGAGGAAGCUUCCAGAAAAUCCAGACAUCCCUUUGGUGUACCUCAACGAAGAGGAGGGACUCGUCGAGGUGCAGCCGCCGCAGGAGGUCCUGGACGAGCUUCAAAUCAACGAGUCAGGUUCGCCGAUCCUGCAAGAGCCUCUCGAACGCGAGGAGCCCUCAGAACAGGAGGAGGUGGACGGCAGCCCAGUGUUUCGGCGGAUCAUCCUUGGGGCCAAGGCAGAGGUGCCUCUGCGCAUGGCUCGGGACAUUCUGGAUGCGGUCAGAGAAGACGUUGGGCUGUUCCAACAGGUGCAGGAGCGCUUCUCCGACUCGCCUGAGGAGAGCUUUCUGCGGCUUGAUGACGGGCUCGAAGAGGAGCUUGUCACAGUGGCGCUGUCCAUGCAGCCUGGGGAGGUGUCGGAGGUUCUGGGCACGGAGGCUGGAAUGCAGAUCCUGCUGCGCGUACGCUGA